AUGGCGGCUUCCAUGCGGUUUUUCUCGCAGUGUUCUCGUCUUCAAAAGAAGUGGGAAGAGAAUUUGAAAUACAUACAUGUAUUGUCUGUUACCUACCGUCCUAGUUUUAAAAACUGCUUCCUAUUUGCAGAUGUUGAUACAACAAGGCCAUCAUCUUCAGAGAUCACGGAUCCCCUACAAAAUCCUGACUUCUUCAAGGUCAAAGAAUUAGUCAAACUCCAAGAGCUCUUUGAUGCUCGGGUGCACCUGGGCCACAAAGAUGGCCUGAUCAACCCUCACAUGAAGAAGUACAUAUAUGGCAUCAGACAGAACCAAUGCAUCAUCGACUUGGAUCAGACGGUGGUGCUGCUCAAAGAGGCCCUAAACUUCACCGCUCACAUAGCGCAUCGAGAAGGCAUCAUCCUCUUCAUUAACCGCAUGCCGCAGUUCUCAUUCCAGAUGGAGGAGCUGGCGCAGGAGUGUGGGGAGUACGCCCACACACGCCCCUGGCAGGGUGGGUGCUUCACCAACGCCCCCAUCCAGUACGGCCCGGGGACACGCCUACCGGAUUUACUCAUCUUCUUCCAUACCCUGACAAACACCUUCACAGAACACCUGGCAGUGACAGACGCAGCCAAAAUGAACAUCCCCACUGUGGGGGUAGUGGACACUAAUUGUAACCCCAACUUGAUCACCUAUCCCAUACCUGGGAAUGAUGACUCUCCCUCAGCGGUAGGCCUGUAUAGCAGACUUUUCAAAACGGCCAUCUUAAGAGGCAAAGCAAAAAGAAACGACACCAACAAGUGACACAUAUCAUGUACUUGAUUAAAGUCAUGGGGUGAAAGACUUCUCUGCAUCCCACAGGUCUGUGUUUUCCAAUCCAUCAUCAUUAGUAAGAAUGGCAUGAAUGCAAAGGAGGCAGGAAGUGAUGAAUAUUCAUCAAAAGGGCAAGCCUUAUUUUUAGGACACCUCCACAUUUUUAUUUCACUUUUUUGAAAACAGUCUCACAAGGUGUUCAUCGUCCAAAAUUACGUUUACAGCCUUGGGUAGUCGUCGUCUUUCACAACAGAAGGAUUGAGGCAUUAUAUUUAGAGGACAUUCCGAAAAACUAGAAUUCUAGCCAGUUUUGGCAAAUGAAGACAUGUACACUACAUGUUUCACAGGAGCAGGGUCAGAAGGUAAGGAUUGCUAGUGUGUACAAUAACAUGUGCAUCCAUAAGAUAACUUGUCUAAAAUUUAGCAGAUUUUUAUCGUUACCUUCAUUUUGCUCUCCAAUUGUAUGGAAGUGGGCAAUGUGUGGCUUUUAUACAAGAUAUAGUAACAUUCUCUGUCCAUCAAAUCUUGCAACAUUCUAAGCAUGACCUUCAAUCCUCUAGGAACACUCUAUAUCAAGAAUCUUUUGAGGUAAAUUUUUGUUUAUUAAACCCCUGAUGCAGUUUCUCAAACACUUUUUUUCACACGAGAAGGCAUUAUUAUCCCUUAUCACAGGAAGAGUGUACAAACACUGUGUGUGCAUUUGAAUGCAAUGUACAUGUACUAUCAACAUGAAACCUGGGUACUUUGUUAUGCUCAUGCAGCCAGAAUAAAUAUGUUAACAGGUCUUCAGAAAA